AUGAAAGCCUUCUUGGUAUUAGCAGCCGUCGCGGCUAUCGGCUCCGCAAGACCUGAAGCCGGGUACUCCUACAAUGCGCCCGGAGGUGGUGGUGGCCACGGAAUCGGUGGCAUCGGCGGUGGCAUCGGAGGUGGCCUCGGAGGCGGACACGGUGGGUUCUCCUCUGGAGGUCUGAGCUCCAGCUCCUUCGGUGGAAUCGGUGGCGGCCUCGGCGGUGGCAUCGGCGGCGGAAUCGGCGGUGGAUUCUCAUCAGGCGGUGGAUUCUCAUCCGGUGGUGGAUUCGGAGCUGGCGGCGGUGGUUUCGGAGCUGGCGGCGGUGGAUUCGGAGGUGGUUUCGGAGGCGGUGCUAUCGUCCAGAAACACAUCUACGUCCACGUACCACCCCCAGAACCUGAAGAACAACGCCCACAAGUGAUCAGCGGUGGAGCCAUCCCCCAGAAGCACUACAAGAUCAUCUUCAUCAAGGCCCCAGCACCUCCCGCACCCGUCGCUCCCAUCAUCCCCGCUCAAGCUCAAAACGAGGAGAAGACCCUCGUCUACGUCCUGGUCAAGAAACCCGACGAACAACCCGACAUCACCAUCCCCACUGCUGCCCCAACCCAACCCUCAAAACCCGAAGUAUACUUCAUCAAGUACAAGACCCAGAAGGAAGGUGGUGGUAUUGGAGGUGGUAUCGGAGGUGGUAUCGGAGGCGGUAUCGGAGGUGGUAGCAUCGGUGGCAUCUCUGGCGGCGGUCUGUCUGGUGGCAGCAUCGGCGGUGGUAUCUCCGGAGGCAGCAUCGGCGGCGGCAUCGGCGGUCACGGAGGCUCCAGCGGCAUCGGUGGUGGCAUCAUCUCUGGAGGACACGGCUCCGGCUCCGGAGUCAGCUCCUCCUACGGCCCCCCCGGUCACUCCGGCCCAUACUAA